CUAUUCUCUGGGAGCUGCAGAGCCCAAAGGGAGAACCUCCCACUCACAGACUGGAACAACAUUACAGACAUAGCUGCUUUACAGAUAACUUCUACAGUAUUUUGUUUUAUUUUCCAGUGCAAGUUUGGGGUUGAGACAAGAAAAGAAGACUCUUGUUCCAGUGGCAUGAUACAGAUCAGACGGUAAAGCAGAAAGAUGAGGAACACACUGCUUUUGGUCAUGGCUGCACUGACUGCAGUUAGUGGGCAGAGGCCAAUGUGAGUUAUGUUCUAUCCAUGCUAAUUAUUUGUAGAGACAGUAUAUUUUACUUGUAUCAUUGCUCAUUGGUAAUGCUCAUUUUCUGUCAUGUUGCAGUCCUAAAAAAUUACCACAAUUUGUGUGUGAGCGCGCGAGUGCUUGUACGUGCAUGUUUGUUUGUGUUCAUGUGUGCGUGUGUUUGCAGAUGUCUCAUCACUGCUCCGAACAUAGUCCACUUGGGAGUGGAGGAGACAGUGACAGUACAGCUCCAGGGAGCUACCAAGCCUACACAGAUCACUCUGUACUUCUUGUACCAAACCGCCAAUAAUAAAGUUCUGUCUGAAAAAAAGCAUGUAACUCUCAAUGAAGUCAAUGGCUAUCAGGAUGUUGUGAAAAUGAGGGUAAGUAUGCAGAAGGCUAACCUCUUUUCAUACCCUAUGGAAUUACUCGAACAUGCAUUUAUAUUAUUUUGCCUCUAUUCUCAUGUUUUAUAGGUCAUUCCUAGCCUGUACGAUGAGGUAAUCAAAAGCAUGAGACAAAGAAAGAGAGUUGUUCCAUUUAUCCAACUGGCUGCAGAGACCAAGGAUGCUUUUCUUACAAAAAAAACAACAAUCCUUUUGUCAACAAAAAAGGGUUAUGUCUUCAUUCAGACAGACAAACCAAUCUACAAUCCAGGAGAGAAUGGUAAAGUGUAAAAUUGCAUUAUAUACAGUGCCUUCGGAAAGUAUUCAGACACCUUGACUUUUUCCAAAUGUUACGUUAUAGCCUUAUUCUAAAAAGGAUUACAUUUUUAAAAAUCCUCAGCAAUCUACACAUAAUACCCCAUAAUGACAAAGCGAAAACAGGUUAUUAGAAAUUUUAGCAAAUGUAUUACAAAUAAAAAACAGAAAUACCUUAUUUACAUAAGUAUUCUGACCCUUUGCAAUGAGACUCGAAAUUGAGCUCAGGUGCAUCCUGUUUCCAUUGAUCCUCCUUGAGAUGUUCCUGCAACUUGAUUGGAGUCCACCUGUGGUAAAUUCAAUUGAUUGGACAUGAUCCCACAGUUGACAAUGCAUGUCACAGCAAAAACCAAGCCAUGAGGUUGAAGGAAUUGUACGUAGAGCUCCGAGACAGGAUUGUGUCGAGGCACAGAUCUGGGGAAGGGUACAAAAAAAUGUCUGCAGCAUUGAAGGUCCCCAAGAAUACAGUGCCCUCCAUCAUUCUUAAAUGGAAGAUGUUUGGAACCACCAAGACUCUUCCUAGAGCUGGCCGCCCGGCCAUACUGAGUAAUCUGGGGAGAAGGGCCUUGGUCAGGAAGGUGACCAAGAACCCGAUGGUCACUCUGACAGAGCUCCAGAGUUCCUCUGCGGACAUGGGAGAACCUUUCAGAAGGACAACCAUCUCUGCUGCACUCCACCAAUCAGGCCUUUAUGGUAGAGUGGCCAGACGGAAGCCACUCCUCAGUAAAAGGCACAUGAUGGCCUGCUUGGAGUUUGGCUAAAAAAGGAACCGAAAGACUCUCAGACCAUGAGAAACAAGAUUCUCUGGUCUGAUGAAACCAAGAUUGAACUCUUUGGCCUGAAUGCCAAGCGUCACAUCUGGAGGAAACCUGGCACCAUCCCUACGAUGAAGCGUGGUGGUGGCAGCAUCAUGCUGUGGGGAUGUUUUUUCAGCGGCAGGGACUGGGAGACUAGUCAGGAUCGAGGGAAAGAUGAACGGAGCAAAGUACAAAGAGAUCCUUGAUGAAAAACUGCUCCAGAGCGCUCAGGACCUCAGACUGGGUCGAAGGUUCACCUUCCAACAGGACAACAACCCUAAGCACACAGCCAAGACAACGCAGGAGUGGCUUCGGGACAAGUCUCUGAAUGUCCAUGAGUGGCCCAGCCAGAGCCCAAACUUGAACCUGAUUGAACAUCUCUGGAGAGACCUGAAAAUAGCUGUGCAGCAACGCUCCCCAUCCAACCUGACAGAGCUUGAGAGGAUCUGCAGAAAAGAAUGGGAGAAACUCCGCAAAUACAGGUGUGCCAAGCUUGUAGCGUCAUGCCCAAGAAGACUCGAGGCUGUAGUCGCUGGCAAAGGUGCUUCAACAAAGUACUGAGUAAAGGGUCUGAAUACUUAUGUAAAUGUGAUUUUUCACAGUUUUUAAAAAUGAUAAAUUAGCAAAAAGUUCUAUAAACCUGUUUUUGCUUUGUCAUUAUGGGGUAUUGUGUGUAGAUUGAUGAGGGGGAAAACAAUUUAAUCAAGUUUAGAAUAAGGCUGUAACGUAACAAAAUGUAGAAAAAGUGAAGGGGUCUGAAUACUUCCCGAAGGCACAGUAUGGUUUUAGUUAUACAUUUAGCCUAAUACCCAUUUUUCCUUUCCCAGUCAAUUUCAGGGUCUUCACGUUAGACAACUAUCUGCUGCCUGUCGAAGAAAGCAUCAAUGUCAAGAUAUUUGUACGUUUGUAAAACAUUGAAAAAGUUAUCCUUUUUAGAUAAAACUAUAAUAAAUAUAUUCACGUCACCAAAUAAUUGAUUAAAACACACUGUUUUGCAAUGAAGGUCUACAGUAGCCUCAACAGCACUCUGUAGGGUAGCACCAUGGUGUAGCUUCCGUUCUCCUCUUGGGACAUUGACUUCAAUACAAAACCUAGGAGGCUCUUGGUUCUCACCCCUUUCCAUAGACUUACAUAGGGGACGUCCUCCAACCUCUUGCAGGAUGAACUGACAUGUUGUCCACCCAAUCAAAGGAUCAUAUAAUAAUAAUAUGCCAUUUAGCAGACCUUUUAUCCAAAGCGACUUACAGUCAUGCGUAAAUACAUUUUUAGAUAUGGGUGGUCCCGGGGAUCGAACCCACUACCCUGGCGUUAUAAACGCCAUGCUCUACCAAUUGAGCUACAGAGGACCGUAAUGAAUCUAUUACUGAAAGCAUUAGCUACAGCUAGCUAGCAAGCACUGCAGUGCAUAAAAUGUGGUGAGUAGUUGACUCAAAGAGAAAGACAAUAGUUGAACAGUUUUCAACAAAUGAAUUUCUUCAAAAAUGAAGGAGAAGCAAGAGAGAGAGGGAGAUUUAUUCUUCUUUUUUUUGUCACUUGUCAGUUUCACUUAACUUUACUUUGCUAGCAAAUGCAGCUGACUAGUUUAGUUAAUCAAACGCACGGCUCAAACAGAGUGAUGCUAUGUUAGCUAGCUGGCAAUGACUAUCCAACACAACACUGGAACUCUUCCAAGUCAAGGUAAGCUUUUGGUUUUAUUAAUGUAUUGCUACGGGGUCCGCUGGUCUAACUGCUUACUGACUGACUCUACACUGUAACGUUACUGCAUGAUUGUAGCGGGUUUACUAACCCAUUAGUUAUAUUAGCUAUGUUGACUAGGACGUUACUUUAGCUAAAAUGGUGACAACGAUGUAACGUUAGGCUGUGUGUAGCGGUUAUGACAUGUUUUGGCUUGGAAAGGUUUUUUCGCCUGGUCACAUACAGCUGAUGUGUUGUUCAUUGAAGUCCACAAACGAAGGUGAGAGGAGGAGAGUGCAUAGAGGCUAGAAUGAAUACAACGUGGCUGCAAUUAAAGUGAACUCUGUUUAUGAGAUCAGGGGUAUAUUCAGUCUGCCGAUUCUGUUGAAAAACGUUUCUUAAACGGAAGCAAACGAAACGGGGAUUAAAAAAUACCUGAAUUUGUCCAAUAGAAACUCUCGUUUGCAACUGUUGGACUAAUGAUUACACCCUAAAUAAGCUAGAUGCAGGCAAGAGUGUGCAAGGCGGUAUUGAAUGUGUCACUGUCUGUCCAUGUGUCACUGUCUGUCAUCUCAAAUGUUUCUCUCGACCUGUGUGCACCUACGUUGUAAACUUUCAUUCAUAGGUUGUAGCAACCUCAUGAUGGGUAGGUAUAGGGAAAAUUCGGGUAUCAUGUAGUAGCCUAAACCUAUGUAUGUUACAUUGAACUGGGUGAAUGGAAUAUGAAUGACAGUCAUCCAACAUGCUGUAAUAUAAAUAAGACCAUGCUCAUGAAAAAUAAAAAUGGUCCUCCCUCAUCAUAAACGGCACUGACUGCCACUGAUCUGUAUGUUAAAGUUGUCUUAUUGUGUUAUAUUAAUUCUCUGUUCUCUAACGUUCACUGUCUGUCUACAGAACUCCAAAGGCCUGCUGGUGUACAACCAGGCUCUACACUCCAGUAAACUCAUUCAGAGGAACAUUGUGAUCCCUGACGUUGAGACGUAAGUAGUAUGUUGACAUAAAGUCUAUGGAAGACAGGACAUCCGUAGCACUGACCACUACUCUGUCCAUAUAAUUCAGGGCUGGCCAUUGGAAGAUUGUUGCCACUUUUACCAACCAUCCCAUGUCCAACUCUUCAGUGGAGUUUGAGGUCAAAGAAUAUGGUGAGUAUCUAAAGUAGGUUGUCUGACUGUAUGAUACGGCCCAACAACAAAAACAUAAAGUGAAGCUUCCCCUCUAUUUCUUUCAGUUCUUCCUGUGUUUGAGGUGAAGAUAGCAGCUUUGAAACCAUAUUAUUUGCUGACAGAGGAUUCCUUUCAAUUCAGCGUCUCUGCAAUGUGAGAUUGUUGAAGCAGAUUGCAUUUAUGGACUGUUUUGUGAAUUGUUCAUACAUUUAACAUUUACAUUUUGGUAAUUUAGCAGACUCUCUUAUCCAGAGCGACUUACAGUAGUGAGUGCAUACAUUUUUCUUACUUUUUUUCAUAGUAUGCCAAAUACAUGUGUGUUGAUUGCAGGUACACCUAUGGCAAAGGUGUCAAUGGCAUAGCUUAUAUUAGAUUUGGACUAAUCGAUGGAGAAGGCAACAGAACACAUCUACCUGGCCUAGAAAACAAGACUUCUGUGAGUUCACUUCAUCAUCUCAAAGCUUUACAUAAAAAAAAAUAACAUUAAAGUCAUUGUUUCUAAUUGUAGAGUUAUUGUUUUGUAUCCAGGCCAGUUCCAUUGACUUUUAUUUUUCUGAUGAGUCAUUUGUGAAAUUUUUUCUGGUGUAUUGUAGAUUCAAGAUGGCAUCGCCAGCAUUACCCUGCCAACUGAAGACCUACGUGGGAAAGCAGGAAAGCAAGGCAUCCCACACAUGGAGGGAUACAAUCUGUACAUAGCUGUUACAGCUUUAGAAACAGCAAGUAAGUCCUUCAUACAGUUAGAUAAAACAUGACCAUACCAGCGGAUUCAGGUAUUUUCUCUAGGGCAUACAAUAACUGUUUGUGCUGUAUGACAGUGACUGUCUCUCUCGGUCUGUAUUUUGUCUCUCUCUCUCUCUCUCUCUCAGGUGGAGAUCUAGAAGAAGCUGAGAGCACUUCAGUAAAGAUAGUGACGUCUCCAUACAUCAUUGACAUGUCAAAGACUAAGGAAUACUUCACACCUGGAGGAAAGUUCUCUAUCCUGGUACUGUGUGGUCGUUUCUGCACUCAAAGACAAACGUUAACACCACAGAAUAAAAUAUAAUUGUAUUCAUUCAGUACAUCAUAUUGAGAUUAGCAAAUUCCUUUUCCAAAUGAGACGUACAAUAGUUAUCAGUGUUAUCAAUUGUAUUUGCCUUACUAUGACUGUAUCUACAGACAUAGUCAACUGGGUAUAUGCUGCAUGUUUCAUUCUCAGGCCACCACCACCCACCCAGAUGGAUCCCCAGCCCCUGACCUCCGUAUAAGGGCUUCAGUUUCAGUGACCUCUGUAGGAGGCACACAGGAGUCUGUUAAGAUGGAGGGAUCCGGUAACUCUAAGGGUGAGGCUGUUCUCGCCUUCGAAGUGCCCAAACUGGCCACGUCUAUCGACAUCAAGGUAUAGGACAGACAGAUAACUUUCAAUCAACACUCUAUUUCCCAUGUAGUUUGACAAGCAUAUUAUGUGUCUCUAAGCUCUGUGGUUAGCAGAAAUGUAGUGCACUAAAUAGGGAAUAUGGUGUCAUUUGAGACACAGCCACUAUUUGAUGUGAGGUCAUAUUGACUAUCUGUUCCUGUCUCCAGUUGUUUGCUGCGGGAGAGGAGGAGGAGGUGGUAGUGAGUGAUGCCAAAAUGACAUUGUCAGCAGUCCAGUCUGAGGGGAACAGCUACCUGAGUGUAGAGAUAGAACACGUCACCCUGGAGCCAGGAGGAACCAUGACGGUCACUCUCAGAGACAUCACCCCACCAGGCACCCCACGACCAUCCUACAUCUACUACAUGGUAACAUACUGGAGUAUCAGUCCAUUCUAAUAAUGGAUGGAGAUGACCAUUUACCACUUCUGCAACAUACUUUAUCUGUGCAUAGCUUCACGUUUCCAUACACUACAGUCGAUUUUUGUUAUUUUUCUUUAUUUAACCUUUAUUUAACUAGGCAAGUCAGUUAAGAACAAAUUCUUAUUUACAAUGACGGCCUACUCCAGCCAAACCCGGACGACGCUGGGCCAAUUGUGCGCCGCCCUAUGGGACUCCCAAUCACGUCCAGAUUGUGAUUGUGACGCCUUUAGCACUGAGAUGCAGUGCCUUAGACCGCUGCGCCACUUGGGAGCAAGGAUUAGGAUUGUCAUAGCUGUGGUUUGUCUGCAACCAACAUGAAUAUAAGCACGUUGGGAGUUGAACCAUUUCAAUAUCUGUAGUGAAGAGUAAUAAUGUGUUAUUCCCUUUCUUUACAUGCUCUGUCAGGUCCUGAGUAAGGGCAGAGUGGUCCAGAUGAACAGGGUGCAGAGGACUGAGCUGACCACCUUCAAUCUGGCCUACAGUCUUGACCUGGUCCCCUCCUUUAGACUGGUGGCCUACUACUUCACACAGGGCCCAGAGAAGACUACCAUAGUGGCUGACUCUGUAUGGGCCGAUGUCAAAGACUUCUGCAAAGGACAGGUUCUGUAGUUACCACUUGUUUCUCUACUUCUACUCUUACUAAACUUAGCCAGUUAUGUAUUUUUAAUUCUUUUUAAUCAGAGCUGUGCAUCAAGAAGGCAAAUUGUAUGUUUUCAUCUUGACUAAUAAGGAUCAAUCAAAGUGAUAUAGUUUUGCAUGGAGGCAGAUUGUGAUAUUAUCUUUGUUGUUGUGUUUUCAGAUCGAGAUCCUUCCAUUUAAAGAGCAUAAACCAGCUGAGUUGGUGAAUGUGGUGGUCCGUACAGACCAGGGAGACAAGGUAGCUCUGGCUGCUGUAGAUACAGCUGUUUACAUCCUCAACAAGAACAACAAACUCACUCCUCAGAAGGUACAGAGCCUCCGUCUAUCACACACUUACCAGGUUUAAUGAAUAGAUACAUACAGUAUGUCAAUCUCAAUGUGACAAUAACAUUACAUUAUUAGUUUGGAUUUUGCCUCAGUUUUAGAUGUAUGUUGACAGCUUCACAAGGCUAUGACCUGGUAUCAGCUAAUAGAGCGUUUCCUAAGCUAAGUCCUGGAGAUGAUGAGUUGAUUAUUUGAAUCAGCUGUGUAGUGCUGCUGUCUACCAGGGAGAAUGGGAUAUGCAAAAGACAAAUCUCUGUUGUUCAUGUAGUAAAUGGACCAAUAAAGUAAUCUUCUUCUUUAGAUGUUUGCCUACAUGAACUCCUAUGACCUGGCGUGUUCUAUGGGAGGAGGCAGAAACUACCAGUCUGUGUUACAGGACGCUGGGCUCGCCUUUAUAACCAACUGUGGAGGUACAGAGGUUCACGUGAGAAAGGGUACGAUUUACAUUUAGACAUUUAACUAAUUAUAAUAUUGACUGAAUAGCACAUGAAAGGAUCCUGACUGGCAAAAGCACACCACUGCAGCUGUUUUUGUUGAUGGAGUUUAUUCCACACAAUAUUGUAAAAUGAUUUUUAUUUUGUCCUCUGAUAAUCAGAUUACUCCUGUAACAGCAGAAGAAGAAGACAGAAGAGAGCCCUGAACCAUCACCAGGCUUUCUCUGAUAUCAGUAGGUGUAGCAGUAACUUCUCCUAUUCUCCCUCCAUCUUCUGAGCAUGCUGGUUUUACUCUUAUGGUGAGCGUAUGAAGUAUUAUUAGUUAUAGAAAUGACAGUGCUUUCAAUAAUCCUUUAAUUUACAAAUGUUCAGAUAUGUUUCAGCAAAAGUCUUCCUUAGCAUAUUACAUGUACCCAAACCAGAAACCGUGGAUAGAUUGCAGCAUUCGCGCAAAACUGAAAGCAUUUAACCAUGGCAAGGUGACUGGGAAAAUGGUUGAAUACAAACAGUGUAGUUAUUCCCUCCGUAAGGCAAUCAAACAGGCAAAACGUCAGUACAGAGACAAAGUGGAGUCGCAAUUCAACGGCUCAGACACGAGACGUAUGUGGCAGGGUCUACAGACAAUCACGGAUUACAAAGGGAAAACCAGCCACGUCGCGGACACCGACGUCUUGCUCCCAGACAAACUAAACACCCUUUUCACUCGCUUUGAGGAUAACAGUGCCACCAACGCGGCCCGCUCCCAAGGACGCUGGGCUCUCGUUCUCCGUGGCCGACGUGAGUAAGACAUUUAGCGUGUUAACCCUUGCAAGGCUGCCGGCCCAGACGAGAUCCCUAGCCGUGUCCUCAGAGCGUGCGCAGACCAGCUGGAUGGAGUAUUUACGGACAUAUUCAAUCUCUUCCUAUCCCAGUCUGCUGUCCCCACUUGCUUCAAGAUGACCACCAUUGUUCCUGUACCCCAGAAAGCAAAGGUAACUGAACUAAAUGACUCACCCCGUAGCUCUCACUUCUGUCAUCAUGAAGUGCUUUGAGAGGCUAGUUAAGGAUCAUAUCACCUCUACCUUACCUGACACCCUAGACCCACUUCAAUUUGCUUACCGCCCCAAUAAAUCCAUAGAUGAUGCAAUCGCCAUUGCACUGCACACUGCCCUAUCCCAUCUGGACAGAAGGAAUACCUACGUCAGAAUGCUGUUCAUUGACUAUAGCUCAGCCUUCAACACCAUAGUACCCUCCAAGCUCAUCAUUAAGCUCGGGGCCCUGGGUCUGAACCCCACCCUGUGCAACUGGGUCCUGGACUUCCUGACGGGCCGCCUUUAGGUGGUGAAGGUAGGAAACAACAUCUCCACUUCGCUGAUCCUCAACACAGGGGCCCCACAAGGGUGCGUGCUCAGCCCCCUCCUGUACUCCCUGUUCACCCAUGACUGCGUGGCCACGCACGCCUCCAACUCAAUCAUCAAGUUUGCAGACGACACAACAGUAGUAGGCCUGAUUACCAACAAUGACGAGACAGCCUACAGGGAGGAGGUGAGGGCCCUGGCAGAGUGGGGCCAGGAAAAUAACCUCUCUCUCAACGUCAACAAAAAAAAAAAAGGAGCUGAUCGUGCACUUCAGGAAACAGCAGAGGGAGCACGCCCCUAUCCACAUCGACGGGACUGACAAUCUGAAAUGGUCCACCCACACAGACAGUGUGGUGAAGAAGGCGCAACAGCGCCUCUUCAACCUCAGGAGGCUGAAGAAAUUUGGCUUGGCCCCUAAGACCCUAAGACCCUCAGAAACUUUUACAGAUGCACAAUUGAGAGCAUCCUGUCUGGCUGUAUCAACGCCUGGUACGGCAGCUGCUCCGCCCGCAACCGCAGGGCUCUCCAGAGGGUGGUACGGUCUGCCCAACGCAUCACCGGGGGCACACUGCCUGCCCUCCAGGACACCUACAGCACCCGAUGUCACAGGAAGGCCAAAAAGGACAUCAACCACCCGAGCCAUGGCCUGUUCACCCCGCUAUCAUCCAGAAGGUGAGGUCAGUACAGGUGUAUCAAAGCUGGGACCGAGAGACUGAAAAACAGCUUCUAUCUCAAGGCCAUCAGACUGUUAAAUAGCCAUCACUAGCCGGGUACCACCCGGCUACUCAACCCUGCACCUUAGAGGCUGCUGCCCUAUAUACAUAGACAUGGAAUCACUGGCCACUUUAAAUAAUGGAACACUAAUCACUUUAAUAAUGUUUACAUACUGCUUUACUCAUCUCAAAUGUGUAUAUACUGUAUUCUAUUCUACUGUAUUUAGUCAAUGCCACUCCGACAUUGCUCGUCCUAAUAUUUAUAUUUGUAUAUAUUUCUCAAUUCCAUUCUUUUACUUUUAGAUUUGUGUAUUGUUGUGAAUUGUUAGAUACUACUGCACUGUUGGAGCUAGGAACACAAGCAUUUCGCUACACCCGCAAUAGCAUCUGCUAAAUAUGUGUAUGUGACCAAUAAAAUUUGAUUUUAUUUAUAUAAUUUAUUAGCUAGACACAUAGUUCUUAUCUGCAGUCAACAGGUACCAGAAUCCAGUGGAGAAGAGGUGUUGUCACGAUGGAGCCAGGUUUAACAGCCUGGGUCUGACCUGUGAGAGUCGUCAUGCUAAAACCACCCACAAGUCUGUUCCGUGUCGCGCUGCCUUCCUCAAGUGCUGCAGAGAUGCCACCACGCUGAGGAGCAACAUCAAGAAGAGCAGGAAGACGUACAGCCUGGCUAAAAGUACAGUACAGUAUUGUAUUAUAUUAUUACAUUAGUAGUUGGACUGUUAAUAGCGUCUCAGAAUAUCUCACAAUCUACAGAUUCUUGUGGUGCAUUUAAGCAAUAAGGCCUGAGGGUGUGUGGUAUAUGGCCAAUAUACCACGGCUAAGGGCUGUUCUUAUGCACGAUGCAACGCGGAGUGCCUGGAUACAGCCCUUAGCCGUGGUAUAUUGGCCAUAUACCAUAAACCUACGAGGUGCCUUAUUGCUAUUAUAAACUGGUUACCAACGUAAUUGGAACAAUAAAAAUAAAUGUUUUGUCAUACCCGGUGUAUAUAGACUGAUAUACCACGGCUUUCAGCCAAUCAGCAUUCAGGUCUCGGAACACCCAGUUUAUAAUCAGUAAUAUAGAACUUCUUAGAUAAAUCAAUACUUUUGUCUUUUUGCAGAUUAGUUGUACUACAGUAUAUGCACAUAUUUUGUAUUGAUUGAGCUGAAAUUUGUUAGAAUGAUGUCUGAGGAUAUGCAUCUCUCUCUCCCUGUCCUCUUCCCUGUCUUCCUGUUUAGCGGCUGACGAUAUGGGUGAGGAAGAGGAGGCCAUAGAUGAGGUGUCUGUCCACCUCCGCUCCUAUUUCCCUCAGACCUGGAUGUGGGGCAUUGUUGAUGUGGGCCCCUCUGGUCUCGUAAGGUAACAUGGUAACCUGCAACAUCAUGGACGGUAGGGCAGCGUCACAAAUGAUACCCUAUUCCCUAUAUAGUGCACUACCAGCCCUGGUCUAAACUAGUACACUAUAUAGGGAAUAGGGUGCCAUUUGGGACACAGGCCAGGACAGUCAUGACUGGGACCAGGAGUUUUCCCUGACCAUGUGAACUGACUGGGUAAAACUUGGGGACCAAUAUAGUGUAACAAGUAUAUUAGGAAUUAAAUAAUGUUCUAAUUUAUUAUUUUCAGACACAGUGUUGCUGUCCCUGACUCCAUCACUACCUGGGAGGUUCAAGCAGUGGGGAUCUCUAAAACAAAAGGCAGGUCACCUCUUCCUUCUAACCUAAGACCAUUACACUAGCCUGGUCCUAUAUCUGUUUGUGCUCUUACAAACUCAGUUUAGCUGUCAUUGUCAAGCCAACCAUGACAACGAGUGACAAAAGUUGGCAUGCUAGCACAAACAGACUUUCAGAGGACAGUCAUCAAGUUGUUAAUGUUAGUGUUGAUUCUCCCUUCAGGGUUUUGUAUAGCAGAGCCCAAGCCUCUGGUGGUGUUCCAGGACUUCUUUGUCUCUCUCAGACUUCCCUAUUCUGUGAAGAGAAACGAACAGCUACAGGUGAAAGCUGUGGUGUACAACUACAGAACCGACAGUAUGGAGGUAACUAGUGUUGUAAAAACAAUAUAUGUCAAAACAAUAUAUUCAAGUCCAAAAUGCCCCCAACAGCCAUUUAUACAAAUAAACCACAGUUGCAGAAAUUUUCAUCUGUAGAUUCCUUUGAUAGACAUUUUUACUAUACUUACAUCUACUACCAUGUCUAUGUGUUUCUCUAUGUGAAGGUGACAGUGGAGCUGGCAUGGGUGGAGGGUCUUUGCAGUGCAGGGGGAGACCGAGGGGACAAGCAGGUGGUCACAGUACCUGGUAACUCUGCUCUCCCUGUCUACUUCACCGUGGUUCCUCUGGUCAUAGGAAACAUCCCUAUCCAUGUAGAAGCUUACACUAAGACGGCCCGCGACCAGAUCAAGAAGGACCUCAAAGUCACAGUAUGAACACAACACUGGCAAAUAUUUAUAACUUGUAUCACCUCCCUCCCUCCAAUAUACAGUAGUGCUUCAGUAUGUCUCUAUGAUACAUACAGUGGGAAAAAAGUAUUUAGUCAGCCACCAAUUGUGCAAGUUCUUCCACUUAAAAAGAUGAGAGGCCUGUAAUUUUCAUCAUAGGUACACGUCAACUAUGACAGACAAAAUGAGAAAAAAAAUCCUGAAAAUCACAUUGUAGGAUUUUUUAUGAAUUUAUUUGCAAAUUAUGGUGGAAAAUAAGUAUUUGGUCAAUAACAAAAGUUUCUCAAUACUUUGUUAUAUACCCUUUGUUGGCAAUGACACAGGUCAAACGUUUUCUGUAAGUCUUCACAAGGUUUUCACACACUGUUGCUGGUAUUUUGGCCCAUUCCUCCAUGCAGAUCUCCUCUAGAACAGUGAUGUUUUGGGGCUGUCGCUGGGCAACACAGACUUUCAACUCCCUCCAAAGAUUUUCUAUGGGGUUGAGAUCUGGAGACUGGCUAGGCCACUCCAGGACCUUGAAAUGCUUCUUACGAAGCCACUCCUUCGUUGCCCGGGCGGUGUGUUUGGGAUCAUUGUCAUGCUGAAAGACCCAGCCACGUUUCAUCUUCAAUGCCCUUGCUGAUGGAAGGAGGUUUUCACUCAAAAUCUCACGAUACAUGGCCCCAUUCAUUCUUUCCUUUACACGGAUCAGUCGUCCUGGUCCCUUUGCAGAAAAACAGCCCCAAAGCAUGAUGUUUCCACCCCCAUGCUUCACAGUAGGUAUGGUGUUCUUUGGAUGCAACUCAGCAUUCUUUGUCCUCCAAACACAACGAGUUGAGUUUUUACCAAAAAGUUCUAUUUUGGUUUCAUCUGACCAUAUGACAUUCUCCCAAUCCUCUUCUGGAUCAUCCAAAUGCACUCUAGCAAACUUCAGAUGGGCCUGGACAUGUACUGGCUUAAGCAGGGGGACAUGUCUGGCACUGCAGGAUUUGAAUCCCUGGCGGCAUAGUGUGUUACUGAUGGUAGGCUUUGUUACUUUGGUCCCAGCUCUCUGCAGGUCAUUCACUAGGUCCCCCCGUGUGGUUCUGGGAUUUUUGCUCACCGUUCUUGUGAUCAUUUUGACCCCACAGGGUGAGAUCUUGCGUGGAGCCCCAGAUCGAGGGAGAUUAUCAGUGGUCUUGUUUGUCUUCCAUUUCCUAAUAAUUGCUCCCACAGUUGAUUUCUUCAAACCAAGCUGCUUACCUAUUGCAGAUUCAGUCUUCCCAGCCUGGUGCAGGUCUACAAAUUUGACAGCUCUUUGGUCUUGGCCAUAGUGGAGUUUGGAGUGUGACUGUUUGAGGUUGUGGACAGGUGUCUUUUAUACUGAUAACAAGUUCAAACAGGUGCCAUUAAUACAGGUAACGAGUGGAGGACAGAGGAGCCUCUUAAAGAAGAAGUUACAGGUCUGUGAGAGCCAGAAAUCUUGCUUGUUUGUAGGUGACCAAAUACUUAUUUUCCACCAUAAUUUGCAAAUAAAUUCAUUAAAAAUCCUACAAUGUGAUUUUCUGGAUUUUUUUCCCUCAAUUUGUCUGUCAUAGUUGACGUGUACCUAUGAUGAAAAUUACAGGCCUCUCAUCUUUUUAAGUGGGAGAACUUGCACAAUUGGUGGCUGACUAAAUACUUUUUUUCCCCACUGUAUGUACAUUAGGCUACAUGUGGUUCUCACGUCUUUAUUCUGCUGAACACAACUGGCAACGUGGAUUUGAAUCCCACUUUUUACUAUUUUUCUCCCAUUAUUAUACAAAAGUUACAGUACAGAUGUAGGAUCUUAAUUUGAUCACCCUGUUGCAGGAUAAUGUUGUAAUAUAUUUGAAGUUUAAAAAGGCUUUCCACAUAAUAAUUCACAUUUUCUGUUGCUGCAGGAUAAUUUUCCUGCUGUAGCAAUCUGGCUCAAAUUAAGAUCCUACAUCUGUAUAUGUGCGUAUAACCAAUCUGAAUGAGACUCUCACCUUUUGUUCUGUUUUACAGGGGGAAGGGGAACUGGUCUCAAUACAACAUGAAUACAACAUUGAUGGGAAAGGUAAUGUUGUCUUUCAAUAAAAGUGACAUUUAUGCAAACAAGCCUCAUCAGACCAUUGAGUUAAAACAGUCUCUCCAUUUCUUAUCUAUGUCACACAGCUGCCAAGUCAAUCGAGCUUGAAAUCCCACCUCCUCCUAAUGCUGUCCCUGGACUGGAAUCUGACACCUACAUCAGUGUCAAAGGUAAGGAGGGUCCACAGACUCACUCUACCCACACCUCGAUAAAUGCUUUAGUCAGACUUUCUGCUAGUGUGGAGCAUAGACUGUGUGGGGUCUGUAGUACUGUAUGUAUUUACAUUUAAAUGUUUUACAUUUUGGUCCAUGAAAUAUUAUUUCAGACUACGAGUUUUCCCUGACCAAUCCCCAGGCCUAGUUUACUACUAUAACAGGGAAACCUCUCCCAUCACACCCAUGUAGGUGGCGUGAUGGGAGAGUCAGUGGAGAACUGUCUGAACCUGGGUGGAGUGGACCAGCUCAUCUCCCUUCCCAAGGGGUGUGCGGAGCAGACCAUGGUCACCAUGUCUCCAGCCAUCCACGCCAUGAGAUACCUGGACGCUACGGGACAGUGGAUCGACCUAAAGGCUGAACGCAGAGACGAAGCCCAAGCCAUGAUACAGGCUGGUGAGGGGACACUGGGAGAACUUAAGUUAAUCCCUUUGAGACAUCUACCCUUGUGGGAAUCAAACGGUUGAAAUUAAUUGAUUCUUUGUCUUUCCAAGGAUACGGCAGAAUCCUGACCUUCAAGAAGCCAGACGGAUCCUAUGGAGCUUUCCUGUCAACCCCAAGCAGUGUUUGGUUGACAGCCUUUAUAGCCAAGGAGUUGUCCCAGUGCAGGGACGUGAUACCAGUGGAGGACUCCUACAUCCAACAGUCUAUUUCCUACCUGGUGUCUAAACAGCUAGCCAGUGGAGCCUUCACUGACCCUAACCCUCUCUAUGACCGCACCAUGCAGGUAAGAAUACUUUAUUAAUCCAUACAAGACGGAAAUAUGUCUUCUGCUGUACCCAACCCCUCAGAAAUACACAUUAGGUUGGAGAGGCUGGAGCAGUGGGCAGCCACACAGUUGAGCAGUUUAGGGGUUAAGUGCCUUGCUCAAGGGCACAAUGGCAGGAGUUAUUGUCUUUCUAGGAUUUGUCAUUAACAACCAUCUAGUAGUCGACUCAAAUAUCGUCAGAUUCUUUCCGCCUGUGCUGGGUAACAAUCCCACCCCUAUAACCUUUAAGUACGACCCAAACGUUCUUUAUGUACGGACCAUCCAGGUACCAUACCAUGCAAUACAAUAUUAUGUCUUUACCUGUAUGCUAUCUCUCCAUUCCCUCACCGCAGGGUGGAGUGGGAGGGUUUGAGGGAGAUAUGUCCCUGACAGCAUUCGUUCUGAUAGCCAUGAACCACGCUGUGCCACUGUACCCUGAAGGACAAGGCUCAGAAAUGGUAAUACAUAAUUCAACUAAGUCAUGGACUUAACCUUUACAUCACCUAACUUAUCAUCACUAACUUAACCUAACUUAAAAGUUGUGGAAUUAUUAUCCCAAAGGGGCAAGUUGGUUUUGCAGCAAUAUCAUCCAGAAUAAAGCAACAUGCCUUUUUGUGUCUGUCAUGAUAAAGCACAUUUUUGUGUCUAUUGUGAUCAUGUUUAACUAAUGCAUAUUGCUAUUUCUAAUGCUAAAUCUAUCCACCAUUCCCAUGUGUUAGAGGCAGGCUAUGGAGAAGGCUAAGGCCUACCUGGAGUCGAAGCUGGACUCGCUUCAGAGGCCCUUCUCUGUAGCCAUCACCUCCUACGCCCUCUCUCUAACCUCCCCUGGCAGAGACGCUGCCUCCAUGGCUCAGACCAAACUCAGGGCCUUGGCACACAGUGACAAUGGUCAGUACCUUGUUACUUUACUAGUCAUCUAGAUCAGAAGGGCUAUGGGUUGCCUAGUUGUCUAUUUAAGAAGGGCUAUAUUCAUCUAGCACAAGUGUGUUUAUACUGUUUUAACUAAUUCCUUUGGACUUCAACCUGCUUUGAUUAAUAGCGCCUGUAAAUUAUUACCGGUAGUGGCUGGAGAAAAAGUCAGGAUAAGGUCUUCUGGGUAGUUAUUGAUUCCCUGGUCUGUAUGAACAUUGAGGGAAGGUAGACAUACACAAUGACAACAUUUAAACAGCAGAGGGUGUCAGAUUACUGAUUAUGUCUCCUAUGCAAUGUUAUAUGGCUAAGGACGUAGCUGCUAAACAUACUGUAUAUCUCCCCUGCAGAAGCAGAUACAUGUCACUGGGAGGCCAGUGAUGCUCUGAGGCUGAGCGGGGAGACGAGGGCCAAUCAGGUGCCCCAGGCCCAGGCCAUCUCCGUGGAAACCACGGCUUACGCCCUGCUCCAGACCGUGGCGGAGGGAGACAUGCCGUACGCGACGUGCAUCGCCCGCUGGCUCACUGAGCAGAGACAGUACGGAGGAGGGUUCCGCUCUACACAGGUAGUUACUGUAGGACAAGCCACCAGUAGACAGACAGGUAGUUACUGUAGGACAAGCCACCAGUAGACAGACAGGUAGGUGCUGUAGGACAAGCCACCAGUAGACAGACAGGUAGGUACUGUAGGACAAGCCACCAGUAGACAGACAGGUAGUUACUGUAGGACAAGCCACCAGUAGACAGACAGGUAGGUGCUGUAGGACAAGCCACCAGUAGACAGACAGGUAGUUACUGUAGGACAAGCCACCAGUAGACAGACAGGUAGGUACUGUAGGACAAGCCACCAGUAGACAGACAGGUAGGUACUGUAGGACAAGCCACCAGUAGACAGACAGGUAGGUACUGUAGGACAAGCCACCAGUAGACAGACCGGUAGGUACUGUAGGACAAGCCACCAGUAGACAGACAGGUAGUUACUGUAGGACAAGCCACCAGUAGACAGACAGGUAGGUACUGUAGGACAAGCCACCAGUAGACAGACAGGUAGGUACUGUAGGACAAGCCACCAGUAGACAGACAGGUAGUUACUGUAGGACAAGCCACCAGUAGACAGACCGGUAGUUACUGUAGGACAAGCCACCAGUAGACAGACAGGUAGUUACUGUAGGACAAGCCACCAGUAGACAGACCGGUAGUUACUGUAGGACAAGCCACCAGUAGACAGACAGGUAGGUACUGUAGCAUUAUGAUUGGGAGCUCGGAGUUAUCACUGACCACCUGACCUGACCUGGAAAAACUCCUGGCCCUAGUUAUAUGAUUCUCUUCUUUUCUUUUUCUUGUCUUUCUCUGCCCCCUCCUCUCACUCUUCCCUUCUCUCUUUCUUUCUCUGUUCCCUCUUCUUUCUCUCACUCUUCCCUUCUUCUCUCUUUCUUCUCUCUCUUCUCUCUCCUCUCUCUCUCUCUCUCUCUCUUCCUCACUCCCUCUCUCCCUCUCUCCAACAGGAUACAGUUGUAGCUCUUGAGGCUCUAGCUAAGUACAGUAUCAAGGACAAUGAUGUUCAGGACUUGGACCUUAAUGUUGAGAUGUGUUACCAAAACGGCCGCAAGCAGAGAGUUCAUCUUACGAAGCGUAAUGCCCUGACCCUAUCUGCCUUCCAGGUGAGAUUGAGUUUAGAAUUCAAGCAGUGGUCUGAUUUACCUCUCUCAAAUGCUGUUUUACAUCUACUAAUCUCUGUGUCGUCUGGUUUGUCUGGGCAGGUGGACCCAGGAAGCCAGAUCACUAUUAACACAGAGGGGAAGGGAAACGGGACCUUAUCAGUAAGUAAAUUCAGUAAAUACAUUUUAAAAGUAAAUGAUGAUGAUUCUAACAUUGUAAGACUGUCUGAAUCUCAACGGAUGUGUCCACAGUGCUUGUUUUAUGUCAUCAGGUGGUCCAGACCUACAGGACUCUGGAGAGGAUGGACUUGUUUUGUGAUUUAUACAGUCUCAAUGUCUCGGUGGAGGGAGAGGUCAAGUACAGAAGUAAGUUUGUCAGAAUGCAUCUAUAAACACUAAACACAUUUGCUGGAGUGCUGCUUGAAAACAUAAAACACUAUUCAUUGUCAGUAUAAAUGUGUAAUGUUACAGAGAAAGCGGAUGAUGGUCCUGAGCUGGACGACUAUUAUAACUAUGAGUCUGAGGGGGACGGGAACCCUAGUGAUGAGCCAAUGAGCAGGGUGGAAUGGUUUGACCUGCGCACACGCAGGAAGAGACACGCCCCACAGGAGGAGGAGAGGGAGAACUCCCUAGUCUACACUGUGUGUGUGGGGUGAGUACAGGUGUGUGUGCAUGUGUGUACAUUGUGUGUGUGUGUGUGUGUGUGUGUGUGUGUGCAUGCAUGGGGUGGGAUGAGCGGAGAGACAUGGUUCUAUCUCUCCUCUCCUACAGACUGACCAGUGGUAAUUCUACAGGCAUGGUCAUUGUGGACAUCUCCCUUCUCAGUGGACUCAAACCUAACAUGCAGGAUCUGGAGGAGGUACAGUAGGCCUACAUUUAAUGUUGAUUUAAAUGUUUUACAUUUACCAGACACUCUUAUACACAGUCAGUGCAUUCAACUAUGGGCUCGAUUCAAUCCGUAGCGCUGAAGUUCCGCCAUACAGCGCAAUUGAAAUUUGAAGGCAAUGUUUCCGCGUUCGUGGAGACUGCAUUCAUGGUAAAUGCUGCAUGUGCAGGAAAACUGAAAUCCGUUUUAUCUCAUUUCUACCAGCAUAUCACCUGUGCAACUAGAGGCAAAAGAAAACUCUAGUUCACCUUUACUCCACACACAGAGACGCAUACAAAGCUCUCCCUCGCCCUGCAUUUGUCAUAUUUGACCAUAACUCUAUCCUCCCUGAUUUUUGCUUACAAGCAAAAACUCAAACAGGAAGUACCAGUGAUGCGCUCAAUACAAGUGGUCCGAUGAAACGGAUGCUAAGAUACAGGACUGUUUCGCUAGCACAGACUGGAAUAUGUUCCGGGAUUCAUCCGAUGGCAUUGAGGAGUUUACCACAUCAGUCACCGGCUUCAUUAAUAAGUGCAUCGACAAUGUCGUCCCAACAGUGACCGUAUGUACAUAUCCCAACCAUGGAUUACAGGCAACAUCCGCACUGAGCUAAAGAGCUGCCGCUUUCAAGGAGCGGGACACUAAUCCGGACGCUUAUAAGAAAUCUGGCUACGCCCUUAGACAAACCAUCAAACAGGCAAAGCGUCAAUACAGGACCAAGAUCUAAUCGUACUUCAUCGGCUCUGAUGGUCGUCGGAUGUAGCAGGGCUUGCAAACUAUCACGGAUUGCAAAGGGAAACCCAGCCGCAAGCUUUCCAGUGACGCGAGCCUACCAGACGAGCUAAACACAUUCUAUGCUCGCUUCGAGGCUAGCAACACUGAACCAUGCAUGAGAGCACCAGCUGUUCCAGACGACCAUGUGAUCACACUCUCCGUAGCCAAUGUGAGUAAGACCUUUUUAAACAGGUUAACAUUCAAAAGGCCGCAGGUCCAGAUGGAUUACAAGGAUGCGUACUCAGAGCAUGCACUGACCAGCUGGCAAGUGUCUUCACUGAAAUGUUCAACCUCUCCCUGACCCAGUCUGUAACGCCUACAUGUUUCAAGCAGACCACCAUAGUCCCUGUGCCCAAGAAUGCCUAGGUAACCUGUCUAAAUGACUUUCACUCCGUAGCACUCACAUCUGUAGCCAUUCAAUUCUUAGAAAGGCUGGUCAUGGCUCACAACAACACCAUCAUCCCAGACACCCUGGACCCACUCCAAUUCACAUACUGCCCCAACAGAUCCACAGAUUACGCAAUCUGUAUUGCACUCCACAUUGCCCUUUCCCACCUGGACAAAGGAACACCUACGUGAGAAUGCUGUUCAUUCACUACAGCUCAACGUUCAACACCAUAGUGCCCUCCAAACUCAUCACUAAGCUAAGGACCCUGUGACUGAACACCUCCCUCUGCAACUGAAUCCUGGACUUCCUGACGGGCCGCCCCCAGGUGGUGAAGGUAGGCAACAACACAUCCGCCACGCUGACCCUCAACACGGGGGGCCCUCAGAGGUGCGUGCUUAGUCCCCUCCUGUAGUCCCUGUUCACCCACGACUGCGUAGCCGUGUACGACUACAACACCAUCAUUAAGUUUGGUGACGACACGACGGUGGUAGGACUGAUCACUGACGAGGCAGCCUAUAGGGAGGAGGUCUGAGACCUGGUAGUAUGGUGCCAGGACAACAACCUCUCCCUCAACGUGUGCAAGACAAAGGAGCUGAUCGUGGACUACAGGAAAAGGAGGGGCGAGCACGCCCCCAUCCACAUCGAUGGGGCUGUAGUGGAGCAGGUUGAGAGCUUCAAGUUCCUUGGUGUCCACAUCACUAAGGAAUUAUCAUGGUCCACACACACCAACACAGUCGUGAAGAGGGCACGACAACGCCUCUUCCCCCUCGAGGCUGAAAAGAUUUAGCAUGGGCCCUCAGAUCCUCAAAAUGUUCUACAGCUGCACCAUUGAGAGCAUCUUGACUGGCGGCAUCACUGCUUGGUAUGGCAACUGCUUGGCAUCCGACCGCAAGGCGCUACAGAGGGUAGUGCGUAUGGCCCAGAACAUCACUGGGAUCGAGCUCCCUGCCAUCCAGGACCUCUAUACCAGGCGGUGUCAGAGGAAGGCCCUAAAAAUUGUCAGACUCCAGCCACUCAAGUCAUAGACUGUUCUCUCUGAUACCGCACGGCAAACGGUACCGAUGCACCAAGUCUGGAACCAACAGGAUCCUGAACAUCUUCUAACCCCAAACCAUAAGACUGCUAAAUAGUUAGUCUGGGUAGCGAUUGGCAAACUAUUUAACUAUCUACAUUGACCCUUUUUGGACUAACUCUUUUGACUCAUCACAUACGCUGCUGUUUAUUAUCUAUCCUGUUGCCUAGUGACUUUAUUCCUACCUACAGUGCAUUUGGAAAGUAUUCAGGCCCCUUUACUUUUUCCACAUUUUGUUACGUUACAGCCUUAUUCUAAAAUUGAUUAAAUUGUUUUUUCCCCUCAUUAAUCUACACACAAUACCCCAUAAUGACAAAUCAAAAACAGGUUUUUAUACAUUUUUGCAAAUGUAUAAAUAAUAAAAGACGGAAAAUCACAUUUACAUACGUAUUCAGACCCAUUAUUGAAACACCUUUGCUGUGAUUACAGCCUUGAGUCUUCUUGGGUGUGACUCUUGGCAGACCUGUAUUUGGGGAGUUUCUCCCAUUUUUCUCUGCAGAUCCUCUCAAGCUCUGUCAGGUUGGAUGGGGAGCGUCGCUGCACAACUAUUUUCAAGUCUCUCCAGAGAUGUUCGAUCGGGUUCAAGUCUGGGCUCUGGCUGGGCCACUCAUGGACAUUCAGAGACUUGUCCCGAAGCCACUUCUGCGUUGUUUUGGCUGUGUGCUUAGGGUCGUUGUCCUGUUGGAAGGUGAACCUUCGCCCCAGUCUGAGGUCCUGAGCGCUCUGGAGCAGGUUUUCAUCAAGGCUCUCUCUGAACUUUGCUCCGUUCAUCUUUCCCUCAAUCCUGACUAGUCUCCCAGUCCCUACCGCUGAAAAACAUCCCCACAGCAUGAUGCUGCCACCACCAUGCUUCACCGUAGGGAUGGUGCCAGGUUUCCUCCAGACGUGACGCUUGGCAUUCAGGCCAAAGAGUUCAAUCUUGGUUUCAUCAGACCAGAUAAUCUUUUUUCUCAUGGUCUGAGAGUCUUUAGGUGCCUUUUGGCAAACUCCAAGCGGGCUGUCAUGUGCCUUUUACUGAGGAGUGGCUUCCGUCUGGCCACUCUACCAUAAAGGCCUGAUUGGUGGAGUGCUGCAGAGAUGGUUGUCCUUCUGGAAGGUUCUCCCAUCUCCACAGUAGAACUCUGGAGCUCUGUCAGAGUGACCAUCGGGUUCUUGGUCACCUCCCUGACCAAGGCCCUUCUCCCCCAAUUGCUCAGUUUGGCUGGGCGGCCAGCUCUAGGAAGAGUCUUAGUGGUUCCAAACUUCUUCCAUUUAAGAAUGAUGGAGGCCACUCUUCUUGGGGACCUUCAAUGCUGCAGAAAUGUUUUGGUACCCAUCCCCAGAUCUGUGCCUCGACACAAUCCUGUCUCUGAGCUCUACGGACAAUUCCUUGGCCCCCCUGGCUUGGUAUUUGCUCUGACAUGUACUGUCAACUGUGGGACCUUUAUAUAGACAGGUGUGUCCCUUCCAAAUCAUGUCCAAUCAAUUGAAUUUACAACAGGUGGACUCCAAUCAAGUUGUAGAAACAUCUCAAGGAUGAUCCAUGAAACCCGGAUGCUCCUGAGCUCAAUAUCGACUCUCAUAGCAAAGGGUCUGAAUACUUAUGUUAAUAAGGUAUUUCUGUUUUUUAUUUUUAAUAAACCUGUUUUUGCUUUGUCGUUAUGGUGUAUUGUGUGUAGAUUGAUGAGGAAAAUGUUUUAUUUAAUCAAUUUUAGGAAUAAGGCUGUAACGUAACAAAAUGUGUAAAAAGUCAUGGGGUCUGAAUACUUUCCGAAUGCACUGUAUAUGUACAUAUCUACCUCAUACCCCUGCACAUCGACUCUGUACUGGUACCUCAUGUAUAUAGCCAAGUUAUCGUUACUCAUUGUGUAUUUAUUCCUCAUGUUAUUAUUUUUCUAUUAUAUAUAUUUUUACAUUGUUGGGAAGGGCCCGUAAGUUAGCAGUUCACUGUUAGUCUACACUUGUUGUUUACGAACCAUGUGACAAAUACGAUUUGAUUUGAUAUUUCGGCUCAAUUGAAAAUUACCUUUAAAUUUCAAUCGCGCUGUAGUGCGGAUCUUUAGCACAACAGAUUUAAUCAAGCCCUAUGUUUAGUAGGAUAAAUACAGGUCCCGUGUAGCUCAGUUGGUAGAGCAUGGCGUUUGCAACGCCAGGGUUGUGGGUUCGAUUCCCACGGGGGUCCAGUAUGAAAAUAUAUGCACUCACUAACUGUAAGUCGCUCUGGAUAAGAGCGUCUGCUAAAUGACUAAAAUGUAAAAUAAAACAACCACUUAUCACAGUUAUUACAAGUAGACCCUUCUUUGAAAUAUCUGCUAUUAGCAGAAGAAAACAAAUGUUGUCAAACUAUAGAAUUUCAUGUAUUUUUAUUUUUCUCUCCUCUAGAAUGUAAAGGGUACUGAGAAAUACAUUGACCAUUAUGACAUCGCCCCAAAUAAAGUGUUCCUCUACUUCGCUGAGGUAAGACCUCUUGUAUCCAAAGCCAUGACAUCAAUGAGCAUCAGCUAUGACUACUGUACAACUCAUAUAGAAUGAUUCGCAAAAGAGUCCUCUCGUCCCUCUGACAUUGUAUUGUCGCUAUGUAUUCCAGAUCACAGAGGAACCACAGUGUGUAGAGUUCCGGGCCAAACAGAUCAGUCCCAUGGGCCUGGUGCAGCCUGCUGCUGCAGUGGUCUAUGACUACUACAAUCCAGGUAUACCACCAUCUUUAGUUUAGGGUAUGUUAUGUCUAUGGUUGUAAGGUAUCUGGGAGGUCCAUGGGGCUGGUGCAGCCUGGUCAAAUGUAGCUCACAGUAAAGGGAAUAGGGUGCCAUAUGGGACUCAGCCAUUGUCUGAGUGACUAAUGCUGAACUAUGUCCCUACAGAGAGGAGAUGCACUGUGUUCUACAGCUCACCCCAGAAGAGCAACAUGAUCUCCAAGAUCUGUCAGGACAAUAUGUGCUCCUGUGCAGAGGGUAUGUGCACUCCUUACAGCUUGUAUUUUCAGGACAGAAUAUAUAUUUGUAUAGCGUCUGAACUAUUUUGUACUAUUGUGAACUAUUCUGUAUCUAUUUUUAUUUGCAUUGUCUCAGGUGGCUGCCCGAAGAAGAAAGUAACUUACAGUAAAGACAUGAAGAAAGAGACUCGCAGGAGCUUUGCUUGUUUCUCUCCUACUGUAAAUUAUGGUGAGUUUAUACCUCUAAGCCAAAUAUUAUCUUCUUUCUAAUGUGCUGUAGUCGGUACUAACACCACUUCAUGUUGUCCUUCUGACAGUGUACAUCAUCAAGGUUGUCAACUCAUCCGAUGACGGAGUCUUUAAACAUUAUACCACAUUAGUGACCAAAAUCCUACAGACAGGUGAGUGUUCUACAAUAUUACAGUCUGCAUCCCAAAUGGUAGACUAUUUCUUAUAGUGUACUACUUUGGAUGGGCCCUGGUCAAAAGUAGUACACUAUAUAGGGAAAAGAGUGCCAUUUGGUAAGUAAACAUUCUCUUGAAGUAUAAUUUCCUUUCCAUUCUUGUUGUGCUGGUUCUCUGCUACGCCAGGUAAAGAUGUGAUGCAGACUGGAGCAGUGAGAGACAUGAUCAAACGUAAAGCCUGUGAUGAGUUUGACAUGAAUACUGAAAGUAACUACCUGAUCAUGGGGAGAGAUGGGACGAUCUCUGACACCACUGACCACAGUGGGAAGUAAGUGAUGGGAUGCGUCCCAAAUGGCACCCUAUUCCCUAUAUAGUGCACUACUUUUAACCAGGGUUCAUAGGGCUCUGGUCAAAAGUAGUGCACCAUGUUAUAAAAAUAAUAAUAAUUAGGUGGGUGUUAUUAUAUGUGCUAUUUCACAUGUACAAGUGUGUACUAUACGCAUGUGUGAAUCGUACAUUUGUUUUUUGCAUAUCUCAACUCCCCCUGAGACACCUUCGGAGGGUGGUGUCACGGCCAGGGUCAAAAGUAGUGCACCAUGUAUGGAAUAGGGUGCCAUUUGGGACAUAAAGUCUUCCUUUUCAAUUAACUAUACAGUAUGUGUCAAUAUAUUGUAAGACAACAUUUAUAUAAUACAUGGAAUCAUCAGGUAAAAAAUACAGCAUAGAGGAUAUUUAUUACAAUAUUGUUGAAUUGAGAUAUUGUAAAAGUAUAUCACUACUUGGGCCCUAGAUUGUGAUUUCUCUAUUGGGAAAUGUACAGUAUACAGUUGAAGUCGGUAGUUUACAUACACUUAGGUUGGAGUCAUUAAAACUUGUUUUUCAACCACUCCACAAAUGUCUUGUUAACAAACGAUAGUUUUGGCAAGUCGGUUAGGCUUUAGAAGCUUCUGAUAGGCUAAUUGAAAUCAUUUGAGUCAAUUGGAGGUGUAUCUGUGGAUGUAUUUCAAGGCCUACCUUCAAACUCAGUGCCUCUUUGCUUGACAUCAUGGGAAAAUCAAAAGAAACCAGCCAAGACCUCAGAAAAAAAAUUGUAGACCUCCACAAGUCUGGUUCAUCCUUGGGAGCAAUUUCCAAACGCCUGAAGGUACCACGUUCAUCUGUACAAACAAUAGUACGCAAGUAUAAACACCAUUGGACCACGCAGCCGUCAUACCGCUCAGGAAGGAGAUGCGUUCUGUCUCCUAGAGAUGAACGUACUUUGGUGCGAAAAGUGCAAAUCAAUCCCAAAACAACAGCAAAGGACCUUGUGAAGAUGCUGGAGGAAACCGGUACAAAAGUAUCUAUAUCCACAGCAAAACAAGUCCUAUAUCGACAUAACCUGAAAGGCCGCUCAGCAAGGAAGAAGCCACUGCUCCAAAACCGCCAUAUAAAAGCCAGACUGCGGUUUGCAACUGCAAAGAUCGUACUUUUUUGAGAAAUGUCCUCUGGUCUGAUGAAACAAAAAUAGAACUGUUUGGCCAUAAUGACCAUCGUUAUGUUUGGAUGAAAAAGGGGGUACCUUGCAAGCCAAAGAACACCAUCCCAACCGUGAAGCACGGGGGUGGCAGCAUCAUGCUGUGGGGGUGCUUUGCUGCAGGAGGGACUGGUGCACUUCACAAAAUAGAUGGCAUCAUGAGGAAGGAAAAUUAUGUGGAUAUAUUGAAGCAACAUCUCAAGACAUCAGUCAGGAAGUUAAAGCUUGGUCGCAAAUGGGUCUUCCAACUGGACAAUGACCCCAAGCAUACUUCCAAAGUUGUGGCAAAAUGGCUUAUGAACAACAAAGUCAAGGUAUUGGAGUGGCCAUCACAAAGCCCUGACCUCAAUCCUAUAGAAAAUGUGUGGGCAGAACUGAAAAAGUGUGUGCGAGCAAGGAGGCCUACAAACAUGACUCCGUUACACCAGCUCUGUCCGGAGUAAUGGGCCAAAAUUCACCCAACUUAUUGUGGGAAGCUUGUGGAAGGCUACCCGAAACGUUUGACCCAAGUUAAACAAUUUAAAGGCAAUGCUACCAAAUACUAAUUGAGUGUAUGUAAACGUAUGACCCACUGGGAAUGUGAUGAAAGAAAUAAAAGCUGAAAUAAAUCAUUCUCUCUACUAUUAUUCUGGCAUUUCACAUUCUUAAAAUAAAGUGGUGAUCCUAACUGACCUAAGACAGGGAAUUUCUACUAGGAUUAAAUGUCAGGAAUUGUGAAAAACUGAGUUUAAAUGUAUUUGGCUAAGGUGUAUGUAAACUUCUGACUUCAACUGUAUGUACAGUGUAGAAUGGGAGACUAUUCCAGUGCAGUUUGAGUAAGAUACUCCAAUGCUGUCCACCCUAGGCCUGUAUAACUAAAUGUUAUCCUACCCACACCUGUAUAAUUAAAUGUUAUCCUACCCACACCUGUAUAACUAAAUGUUAUCCUACCCACACCUGUAUAACUAAAUGUUGUCUACCCCAGGACUGUAUUACUAAAUGCUGUCUUCUGUAGGCCUGUCUAUGUCCUGGAUAAUGAGAUGUGGAUGGAGAAGAUUCCAGAGGAGAGGAAGUGUAAAGCUACUAAGAACCGUAAAGCCUGUAACAUGCUCAAGGACUUCAUGAAACAGUACGAGAUCAACCAGUGUUCAAUAUAGCCCUUGGUUGCCUUCGGUGAACAUCCAGAUAUACAGUUGAAGUCAGAAGUUUACAUACACUUAGGUUGGAGUCAUUAAAACUCGUUUUUCAACCACUCCACAAAUGUCUUGUUAACAAACGAUAGUUUUGGCAAGUCGGUUAGGACAUCUACUUUGUGCAUGACACAAGUAAUUUUUCCAACAAUUGUUUACAGACAGAUUAUUUCACUUAUAAUUCACUGUAUCACAAUUCCAGUGGGUCAGAAGUUUACAUACACUAAGUUGACUGUGCUUUUAAACAGCUUGGAAAAUUCCAGACAAUGAUGUCAUGGCUUUAGAUGCUUCUAAUAGGCUAAUUGACAUAAUAUGAGUCAAUUGGAGGUGUACCUGUGGAUGUAUUUCAAGGCCUACCUUCAAACUCAGUUCCUCUUUGCUUGACAUCAUGGGACAAUCAAAAGAAAUCAGCCAAGACCUCAGAAAAAAAAUUGUAGACCUCCACAAGUCUGGUUCAUCAUUGGGAGCAAUUUCCAAAUGCCUAAAGGUUCCACGUUCAUCUGUGCAAACAAUAGUACGCAAGUAUAAACACCAUGGGACCACGCAGCCGUCAUACCGCUCUCCUAGAGAUGAACGUACUUUGUUGCGAAAAGUGCAAAUCAAUCCCAGAACAACAGCAAAGGAACGUGUGAAGAUGCUGGAGGAAACGGGUACAAAAGUAUCUAUAUCCAAAGUAUAACAAGUCCUAUAUCGACAUAACCUGAAAGGCCGCUCAGCAAGGAAGAAGCCACUGCUCCAAAACCGCAAUAAAAAAGCAAGACUACGGUUUGCAACUGCACAUGGGGACAAAGAUCGUACUUUUUGGAGAAAUGUCCUCUGGUCUGAUUAAACAAAAAUAGAACUGUUUGGCCAUAAUGACCAUUGUUAUGUUUGGAGGAAAAAGGGGGUUGCUUGCAAGCCGAAGAACAUCAUCCCAACUGUGAAGCACGGGGGUGGCAGCAUCAUGCUGUGGGGGUGCUUUGCUGCAGGAGGGACUGAUGCACUUCUCAAAAUAGAUGGCAUCAUGAGGAAGGAAAAUUAUGUGGAUAUAUUGAAGCAACAUCUCAAGACAUCAGUCAGGAAGUUAAAGCUUGGUCGCAAAUGGGUCUUUCAAAUGGACAAUGACCCCAAGCAUACUUCCAAAGUUGUGGGAAAAUGGCUUAAGGACAACAAAGUCAAGGUAUUGGAGUCGCCAUCACAAAGCCCUGACCUCAAUCCUAUAGAAAAUGUGUGGGCAGAACUGAAAAAGCGUGUGCGAGCAAGGAGGCCUACAAACCUGACUCCGUUACACCAGCUCUGUCAGGAGGAAAGGGCCAAAAUUCACCCAACUUAUUGUGGGAAGCUUGUGGAAGGCUACCCGAAACGUUUGACCCAAGUUAAACAAUUUAAAGGCCAAGCUACCAAAUACUAAUUGAGUGUAUGUACAUUUCUGACCCACUGGGAAUGUGAUGAAAGAAAUAAAAGCUGAAAUAAAUCAUUCCCUCUACUAUUAUUCUGACAUUUCCUCUAGAAAAAAAUCUUAAAAAAAAUCUGACAUUUCACAUUCUUAAAAUAAAGUGAUGAUCCUAACUGACCUAAGACAGGGAAUUUUUACUAGGAUUAAAUGUCAGGAAUUGUGAAAAACUGAGUUUGAAUGUAUUUGGCUAAGGUGUAUGUAAACUUCAGACUUCAACUGUAAAAUGUUUGUCUGUCAUUGAGAAUAGGGAAAUAUGUCGGCUCUAUGCAACACAUUUCUAUCCGAAACGUUCCAGAAAGUUGUGCCUCCUGAACAUCACGUGACCCAGGAUGACUGUCAUGGACAUCAACAGAGCGAGAGACUGUGAUACAGAGAAGGAUAUAUUUUUAGUAUGAAUAGAGGAAAGCAGAAAGCACACUCAGUAUCUCCAUAAACCAUGUGCUUUUAUUACCAGUGCAUAUUCACAGAGAAAAUAGAAACAAGAUUGAGUGACAUAUUGUUGAAAUACAAAGGUUACAGAUAGUGAUGAUGUGUCUAAUACUCCUUAAUCAAACAAACUGUGAUUGGCUACACAGUCUGUCUGGCUGCUGUUUGGCAUAAUGACGUCAGAGAGGUUAUAGAGACUGUUGUGGCACCAAGGGUGCUUUGUUACAGCGGUGAACACCAGGGGGAGUGAGAGCACUAUAGCUCAUCUAAUGCUAAUGUUUCCCUCAGGACAAUAUUGAUAUAAAUUGGUAAUGAAAUGCCAUAACCUGGUAAUGAACUGUUAUAACCCAGCAAUUAAAUGAUAACCUUGUAAUGAACUGUUAUAACCUGGUAAUGAACUGUGAUAACCAGGCAAUGAAACGUUAUAACUCUAGUCCUUUAACACACGCUGAAGCUGUUGAUACAUUCCCACUGUGGCUUCAGCUUCUGAAGACAAACUAUAUAAAUGGUAAUUCUACUGUUGACAGUGUUUUUAAGACUGAAAACCAGAAGUUAGUAAAAAUAUCUAAUGUAGUUUUGCAUGUUCAAUAACACUAAGUAAUAUAAUCAUGGGUAUUGGUUUUCAAUAUGUACUCCAACUUUUGUCACAUUUCACAACCCACUUGUAUUAAUUUUUUGGCAAAUCAAAUCUUACAAAUUCUAAAUCUGCACUGUUCUACUCUAACAAAUCCCCUCAAAAUGGCUAGGGUUUUUUACUGUAUAUGGAGACAUGACAAAAGCGUGAAUUUCUAAAAAAUAAAACAAAAACACAUCAAAUUAGAAAAAUAAUUUGUAAAUGCUGAGCUAGUGUAUAAAAUAAAUUAGCAAUUCCAUUUUUCAUUUUUG